CCGAUCGCGGUUAUCGAGCUGGCAAUAUGAUAUCCCAACAACUGUCAACGAAGACUGAACCUCCCGACUUCCACUAACCAUCUCACAUAUUCUGCAACUCUUCAAGACCUUCAUCCAAGAUGCCCAUACUCGACGAAGAAGCAGUAGCCAAGUUCCGGAAAGACGGAUACUAUGUCAUCCCCGAUUUCUUCUCUCGAGAGGACUCGCAAGAGAUGUUGGAUCGAGCCAAGAAGCUUAUCGAGGAGAUGGAUCUUACCAACCAUCCUAUGACCACCUUCUCCACCUCUGAACAAGGCAAACACGUCGGCGACGACUAUUUCCUCUCGUCCAACGACAAGAUCUCCUUCUUCCUCGAACCCAGUUCCAUCUCCCGGUCUUCGGUGGAUUCCAAGCCAGAGUUGACGGUACCGAAGACGCAGAGCGUAAACAAGAUCGGACACGCUUUGUGUCAGCUGGACCCGGUCUUCAAGAAGUUUACUUUGGAGAAUGAGAGGAUCAAGGACGUCGCCAGGGGUCUGGGAGAACACGAGGAUCCGUUAGUGCUCCAAUCGAUGAUCAUCUGUAAACAGCCCAAGAUCGGCGCCAAAGUCCCCAUCCACACUGAUUCUACCUUUCUCUACACCCACCCAGCUACAGCUGUGGGAUUCUGGAUCGCACUAGAAGACGUGACCGAGACGAACGGAGCGUUGUCGUUCUUGCCCGGAUCUCACGUUGACCCUCGGGGCGGGGUGGGCAAGCGGUUUGUCAGGAUGAAGAGCCGGGCGGAGGGUGGAGAGGGUGGAACGGGGUUCAUCGACUGGGACGAGGAGAAUGGAAAGGAGCGAGCGGAAGGAGAAGCAGGGAAGGACGAGGUGGAUUGGGAAAAGGAACCGGGGUGGGAGUUGGCCACUUGUAAAGCCGGGUCGCUCGUCCUCAUUCACGGAAACGUACAGCAUCAAUCGCCACACAACUUGUCAGACAAGACCAGGUUCAUUUACACUUUCCAUAUGAUUGAGGGUGCCAAGGGGACCGUGUACGACGAGAGGAACUGGUUGCAGCCCGCUCCCGCAUUACCAUUUGCCAGACUAUUGACUUGAUGCGAAUGUACCGCCUCCAUACAAUCAACUGAAACAUGCAAUUCGAAACCCA